AUGUCUCCCAAAGCUCAUCCCACCAAAGCCAAAACUGGAUUGCGGAAGUCGUCAAGCCCAAAGAAACGCAAAGCUGCCACCGCCGACGAGGAAGAGACGGCGUAUGCGCCGGAGCCCAAGAAGGUGUACGACAGCGACGCGCUGGAUGAAGAUUCUUCAGAAGACACAAAGAAACGUAAGCGCGUACGUGAGAACAAGAAGACAAGAUCGCCCAGGAAGAAGAGAAGGGAGGUAGAUGAGGAUGAGGAGGGUGAUCUACAGGAGGGGCAGGAGAUUGUAGGAGUUGUCGUUGAGGCUCCGAAAUCCGGCCGAGUCUCACCUGGUGAAAUCUCGCAGAACACCUUGAAUUUCCUAACGAAAUUGAAGGAUCCCAAGUGUAACGACAGAGAAUGGUUCAAAUUGCAUCGUGCAUUAUUUCUCAGCGCUGAAGGAAAUAACGUUGACUUUUCUCUAGAACCCGUGUACCGCUUGGCAGAGAAGGAGUGGAAGGAUUUCAUUGAGAGCUUCACGGAUGUUCUUGCAGAAGUCGACACGCAAAUACCUCAUCUUCCGCCGAAGGAUGUCAUCCACAGGAUCUACCGUGACGUUCGCUUCAGCAAUGAUAAAACACCGUACAAGAGAGGGUUCUCCGCGAGCUUCUCUCGCAGCGGCAGGAAGGGUAUCUUUGCUGGUUAUCAUGUGUCACUCAAACCAGGAAAUGAGUCGCUUAUCGCAGCGGGCUCAUGGUGUCCUGGGCGAAGUGAGCUCGCCACGAUCAGAAACAACAUAAAAAAUGAUUCUCGUCGCCUCAGGCAGAUCAUAUCUUCACCUGAGUUUGUGAAACUCUUCGGGGAAGCGAAGCCACAUCCAAAGGGAGAAACGCAGAAUAUCUUUGGUAGAGAAGAUGAAUUGAAAGUAGCUCCGAAGGGCGUGGGGAAAGAUCACAAGGAUAUUGAUCUACUGAAAUGUCGUUCUUUCGCAGUUUUACAUCGGUUCACCGACAGCGAGGUACUCGAUCCCGAAUUUAAACAGAAAUUGGCCUCCGUCGCUAGAGUGAUGCAGCCAUUUGUCCAUUGCUUGAACGAUAUGAUGACUAUUAUUGGCGGCACCAAUAACAACGAUGACGAGGAGAGCGGCGAUGGAGAGCAAGAGGAGGGCGACGAUGACGACGACGAAUGA